AUUUAUAAGUUCAUCCCAUGAAUAGUCCAUAAGCUACCAUUAAUAAUCUAUUCGAUAUUCGUACAUGUGAAUCAGUUAUUGCAUAAACUGUCAAUGGAGCCUUGAGAAAUAAAUAUAUAUAUACAUAUUUAUACCCAUAUAAAUAGGUAUAUAUCAUCAAUAGCACAGACGGGAAUUUAAACUGACAAAAAUCAAUAUACAUCAUGGCUUAUACUGAUCCAUUUUCCAAGUUAAUCAAAUCAACUGAGAAGCCCACUACUAAAUAAAUUCUAUCACAAGAGAUAUAAAGAGAUAUCCUAAUGUUCUUGAAUUCUUUUUUGCAAACACGCGAUGAUAAAUUACAGGAUUGAUAUUAAUUUUGUUUUAAAAAUCAACCCAUGGAUACGCGUCUGAGCACCUCAUCAGCGUUUAUACUUGAAUAAAAACAUUCUUAAUUUUGAUUUACUUUUACUCAAAGUAUGCCAGAAAAAAGUGAGUUGAGUGAAAUUUUAGAAGAAAAAGCUAAAGAAUUUCAUGAGUUAUAUGAAAAUUCACCAAAAGAUACAGCUAAAAUGGAGGAUUUUGAAAGAAUACGUACACUUGGUCGUGGUGCAUUCGGUCGUGUACUGCUAGUACGACAUAUUGAAACAGAUACAUUUUAUGCCUUAAAAGUGUUAUCCAAAGUUGAAAUUGUUAAAAGUCGUCAAGUUGAUAAUGCUAUCAAUGAAAAACGUAUAUUAAGUGCAUGCAAUUUUCCCUUUGUUAUACGCUUAUUUUAUAGUUUUAAAGAUAAUAGUUAUUUAUACAUGGUUAUGGAAUUUGUUAUUGGCGGUGAAAUGUUUACACUUUUACGUAAUAUGCGACGUUUCCCGGAAAGUAUGGUUAAAUUCUACGGAGCACAAGUUGUUCUAGCCUUUGAAUACUUACAUCAUUUAACAAUUGCUUAUCGUGAUUUAAAACCAGAGAAUUUAUUGAUUACUGCUGAAGGUUUUCUGAAAGUAGCCGAUUUAGGCUUUGCUAAAUUAAUCCCAAAAGACAAACGGACAUGGACACUAUGUGGUACACCUGAUUAUAUGGCACCUGAGAUUAUAAUGAGUAAAGGUUAUCAUUGUGCUGUCGACUGGUGGGCAUUCGGUGUUUUAUUAUAUGAAAUGACAACUGGUUUCCCUCCAUUUAUGCAUCAAGAUCAAAUGAAAACAUUUGAACAUAUUAUAUCUGGAAAAGUUAAAUUUACCAACAAUUUUUCACCAGCAUUAAAAGAUCUAGUACGUAAUCUUAUCCAGGUGGAUUUAAGUCGACGUUUUGGUAAUUUAAAAAAUGGUAUCAAUGAUAUUAAACGUCAUGCCUAUUUCUCUGAUUUAGACUGGUUACAGCUGUAUCAAAUGAAAGUACGUCCACCGUAUAAACCAAAAUGUAAAGGACCAUGUGAUACAAGUUGUUUUGAAAAAUGGGAUGAAGAGAAUUUUAAAGUUUCUGAUAAAGAGAAAUUCAAGUAUGAAUUUGAAGACUUUUAAAAGUUGCGCUACUUGCCACACACAUAGAUCAAUGUUCAAGUGUAAAUUUAUGACUGGAGGGAAAGUAAAUAUCCGUAUCUGUGGUUAGAUAGCUAGUUAUUGUUAGAAAUAAUAACAAUAAAACAAAAGAAGCAGAAAAAUGCUUUUACGCCGUCUUAUUCUGCAUAAAUCUUCAAGAUUUACUCAAAAGAAGACUGACAAUUUUUUUGCUCAGAUAUUACGAAGUUAGUCAAAAUCAUUGAGAGUACUUUUUAUUAACAUUGCAGUCGUCCAUUUGUACUAUUUUCCUCACUUUUACCGUCUAGUUUCUCUUCAUUUCGAAACAUGAUAGUAUACGCUUAGUUUUUUUAUAUAUUUUCUUACUAUUAUUGCUUUGUCCACUAAGUUAUCUUUUUUUGCGCUUCAAACAAUAUACUACUGACACAACAGAGUUGUGUCUCUAAAUAACAAAAGAAGGUGAGGCAGAGAUAACGAAUAUUAUUUUACUUACAUUCUGCUCAAAAAUUGUACAAAUACAUCAAGUAUAUAUUAUCUUAGUGAAGGUUUCAGUGUUCAAAUCUAUUGGCCAAUAAUUUGUGGAAAGUUAGUUAUGUGCGAUUUUAUUUUAACACUGACA